CGGGGGCGCGCGCGCGGCAGGAGGAGGGGGCGCGCGCUUCCCGGAACAGCCCGCGCAGAAGGAAGAGAGGAAGAAAAUAAACCCGUGGCUAAAGCUAGAGCUGCUGCCGCCGCUGCCGCCGCUGCGGCCGUGUGGAGCUCCCCCGCGCGGAUGAUGCCCGCGGUGCCCGCGCGGGGCUCCGGGCGUUGAGGCCCGAGGCGUGGGGUAGCUAUGGCUACGGCAAGCGCCGCCAGCGGCGCCGCCUGACAGGUGUGGGCCCUGGUGGCGGCGGCUUGGAGCAGCAUGUACGCCAAGGGGGGCAAGGGCUCGGCCGUGCCCUCCGACAGCCAGGCCCGCGAGAAGUUGGCACUGUAUGUGUAUGAGUACCUGCUGCAUGUUGGUGCCCAGAAGUCAGCCCAGACCUUUCUGUCUGAGAUCCGAUGGGAGAAGAACAUCACGCUGGGGGAGCCCCCAGGCUUCCUGCAUUCCUGGUGGUGUGUGUUCUGGGACUUGUACUGUGCAGCACCUGAUCGCAGAGAGGCAUGUGAGCACUCGAGUGAGGCCAAGGCCUUCCAGGACUACGCUACUUGAGGAGAGGAUGAAACACUGGGGCAGGAAGUGGCCUGACCAAGCCCUCAAGUCUCCCCUACCCCUCCAGAGUGCUGCAGCUGCCCCCAGCCCUGUGAUGGGGAGCAUGGGCCCCAACGAUGCAAUGGCAGCAGGUCCCAUGGCACCUGGCUUCUUCCAGGGCCCCCCUGGCUCCCAGCCGCCCUCCCACAACCUCAACGCCCCCAUGAUGGGGCCUCAUGUUCAGCCCUUCAUGUCACCGCGGUUCCCAGGGGGCCCCCGGCCCACCCUGCGGAUGCCGAGUCAGCCUCCUGUGGGCCUCCCUGGCUCCCAGCCCCUCCUCCCUGGCGCCAUGGACCCCUCCCCACGUGCUCAGGGGCAUCCGAGCAUGGGCCCAAUGCAGAGGGUGACUCCUCCACGGGGCAUGGCCAAUGUUGGGCCCCAGAGCUAUGGAGCUGGCAUGCGGCCCCCACCCAAUUCCCUCACUGGCCCAGGCCUGCCCACUAUGAACAUGGCUUCUGGAGUACGGGGCCCUUGGGCCAGCCCUAGUGGCAACUCAAUCCCUUAUUCCUCCUCGUCCCCCGGCAGCUACACGGGACCCCCAGGAGGAGGUGGGCCCCCUGGAACACCCAUCAUGCCCAGCCCUGGAGACUCCACCAACUCCAGCGAGAACAUGUACACCAUCAUGAACCCCAUGGGGCCGGGCACUGGCAGGGCUAAUUUCCCGCUCGGCCCCGGCUCCGAGGGCCCCAUGGCCGCUAUGAGUGCACUGGAACCUCAUCACGUGAACGGAUCCCUGGGCUCGGGCGACAUGGACGGGUUGCCAAAGGUGAGGGGCUGAACUCGGGUGGGGCGGGUCUUCGGGGCGGGCCGAGUAAGGGACCUGGCCAGCCGGCGGGAAUCGCACACUGACC